GAAGCGCGGGGCGGCUCCGGGCCGGCCGCCGGAAGCGGCGGAAGGCUUUGGGGAGCGGGCGCGGCGGAGCGGAAGUCGCUGAGGUGGACGGAGGUGGCGGCCGCGAGCGACGAUGAACAACAAAUUCGACGCAUUGAAAGAUGACGAUAGUGGAGACCAUGACCAGAACGAGGAGAAUAACACACAGAAAGACGGUGAGAAGGAAAAGAACGAUCGGGAGAAACCACAGAGUACUACCAAGAGGAAGGCUGUUGUGCCAGGGCCUGCCGAGCACCCCUUGCAGUACAACUACACCUUCUGGUACUCGAGGCGCACGCCCGGCAGGCCGACCAGCUCGCAGAGCUACGAACAGAACAUCAAACAGAUCGGCACCUUUGCCUCCGUGGAGCAGUUCUGGCGGUUUUACAGUCACAUGGUACGUCCUGGGGACCUGACAGGCCAUAGUGACUUCCAUCUCUUCAAAGAGGGAAUCAAACCCAUGUGGGAGGAUGAUGCCAACAAAAAUGGUGGCAAAUGGAUUAUCCGUCUGCGCAAGGGCUUAGCGUCACGGUGCUGGGAGAACCUCAUCCUGGCCAUGCUGGGAGAGCAGUUCAUGGUGGGGGAGGAAAUCUGCGGGGCAGUCGUCUCUGUCCGAUUCCAGGAGGAUAUCAUCUCCAUAUGGAACAAGACGGCCAGCGACCAGGCCACAACGGCCCGCAUCCGCGACACGUUGCGAAGAGUGCUCAACCUACCUCCCAACACCAUCAUGGAGUAUAAAACACACACCGACAGCAUCAAGGCCUGGGAGGAGUUUCAUGGCCUGGUGAACAGCAGUGGCCGCUGAUCCAACGCUCCCCCUCCCUCUGUCACGCACAGGGGACAAUUCAAGCUUUCGAAACACAAAAAUCACAUUGUGAGAACAAGAGUUGGCUCUAAGCUCCUCUCUCCGUGUUGAAAGCACCGAGGGGUCUCCACCAGUGCCCUCCGACCUCUGAAGGGACUCACGGGCCACUCUCUCGCGCUCCUCCUUGGAGGAAGGAUCCAUCUGGAGCCCUCCAGCAGCGGUGACAACAGGCUGAUUUUGUCAUACACAAACGUUUUUUAGCGGUGGGGGGGAGGCCAACCUUUCAGUUAGCAGCGUGCCCUCGGGGCCGCGGCUUGCAGCACUUUCCUCUCCUUCUCUACGUGGCCUGCAGGAUCUCUGGGAUUCUGCCCCAAUGACAGAGCCUUUUGCUGAGGGAUGCUAGUGUUAUAAAUCUCUCUGCAGCUGGGAGGAGCAUCCCAGUUGAGAGUCAGCCCUAUGGUUUUCAAAUGCCCCCUUUCAGCUCUGCCAAUAAAUUAUUGGGUCUCUUUGUUUC